GUGUAGGUGUCGAAGUGAGAACAUAGAACGUGCGUUUGUGAGGCAUGGGUUGGAAGAAGGGAGAUGUCAUAGUGGAGUCACAACCAUACGCUCACGUCCUCUCACAGAAACAACGAGGGACAAGAUGCGAUGCUUGCUUUGCAUGUGCCGAGAAUCUGAAGAAAUGUACAGCUUGCGUGUUUCUGCACUACUGUUCCCGAGCCUGUCAGAACACUCCCUGGAACAAAGGUCUCACCCUGGAAUCUGAAGAGUCAGAAAGUGCAUCUCCACCCAAGAUACUCAGGACUGUCACUAGGAUGAGUGCUGAAGACUUCUCACUGGUUACCAAGUCAAGGUUGGAUGGCACUGGGCUGUCGACGCCCGACUGUGACGUCAACUCUACAUCUGUGCAGCUGUUGCGUCCUACUGCGGCCACUAAGCAAGACCUGAAACAAGAGUCAAGCAAAGAUGAUUUGGAGGGAAUGCCACUAGCUGACAAUGUAAACAUGGCUGUAGCAUGGAACAUAGCCCUGCAACUGCAUUGUUUGACAUCAACUGACUGCGACGACCCUCAGCUGCAGAUAGCCAAGGAGAGAAAAUGGGGAGCAUGCUUGAAAUUAACACAGAAAUGUGUUAUGUGUGACUUCAUAGCACCUGAAAUGAAGUUGUACAAAGAAAUCAAGACAGGCAAACCUGGACCAAACCCAGCAGCCCCUAACAUAGGACUUGUCUUGGGUCUACAAGAACACCUAUUGGAAAUACGACAAUGGAAUAGACAAAGCUCUAAAGGUGUAGGUGCAGUUAUGUGGAAGGUGCAGUGGCUCCCUGACCUCACCACCUUGGCUCAAGGACAGUUUCAGCAAUGCUGCAGAGCUGAAUUCAACCCAGAUAUGUUCCCCAGCACAAUUCGUACAUAUAAAUUGGAGGCAAAGAAGGCGCUGAGUCAGGAUAAGAAAGAUUGGCAACUUCACAAAGAUGAGUGUCCAUGUCUGAAGCGUGUUGCACCCAAACUCCCAACAGACAGUGUGCGGUUAUUACUACGACUUUUCAUCAGGCUGCAGCGUGGAGAUGGUGAGAAGACAGAGUGGGACAGUGUUAACUGGAGGCCGUUUGUACAGCUCGAAACACAUUCUCGUGAAAUUAUUCAAGAUGAGAAAAGAAGUGAUCUGCUUGCCCAGGCCACCUUCACCUUGAGAGAGAUGGUUGGCAGCUCGGUGUCCCUCCCAGAGGGUGGAGAUCUGGUGGAUGUGUUCGGGAGGAUGGUGAUCAACACGUUCUCCAUCUGCGAUGGUGAGAUGCAGCCGGUUGGGUCAGGUGUAUAUCUCAGCCCCUCACUGCUGGACCACAGCUGUCUCCCUAAUGCUGUUGCUGUGUUUACCGGGACUACCCUCUCUGUGAGGUGUGUGACGGACAUACCUAGUGACCAGCCAGCACAGGUGCUCAUCAGUUACAUUGACCAGCUAGCACCCUCUGGUGAGAGGAGGAGACAACUGGAUGAGCAGUACUACUUCACGUGUCGGUGUCGGAGAUGCACAGAGGCAGACAUGCUUCUUGCGACACUUCUCCUUCAUCUUGAAGACUUCACUGCAUUUUGUGUCAUAAAUGGCUUCCAGGUCCUUCAGGAUCUGCCCUUCAUCACCAAGGAUACGAUUGAUGAGUUUCCGGGACCUUUUCUUGAUCUGCAGUCGCGACUCUUCAAACAGACCCUUGAGUUUGCCCUCCAGACACGUGAGGUUGAACAGGGUCUCAUGGAUGGACCAGAUAUGUUCGCGUAUGUGACUCAUGCUGUCGUGGAGCUCGGUGCGCUGGAGGGAGCUGGAGGGGUUCAGAUGGGCAAUGUUGUGGAACUUGUGCUGGCCCAUCACACAGAUGACACACACGGGAAAGAUCACAUGUCUUCAUCAGCCUUAAGAAUCCUCAUGAACACAAAAACUGUCAUGAAUUUGCUGCAGGAUGCGCUGAUGCUGGGUGCAGUGUGUCCUCAAUCCACCUGUGAUGGCACUCUCCUGUAUGAUGGUGAAGUGUUCUCAGCAUGCCAGGGCUGUGCGUGGGCGUGCAGUGACAAGGCAUACUGGUCUCAGGUGCAGACAGUCAUGGAGGAGUCCCAGACAGCUCUGCAGACACUGGACGACCUCAAGAAAUCUGGAGAUCGGGAGACCAGGCUGCAGGUCUGUAAGGAGCUGCUGGGGAGGCAGAGAGUUCUCUCCCCUUUCAAUGUGUACCGCGUGAAGACGCUGGACCAAGCAAUGGAUGCCUGUAUCGACAGCCAACUGUGGGAGCAGGCAGUAGAGUUUGGCCAACAGACUGUGCAACCCUAUAUGAAGCUGCACCCGCCGGGCUCCCCGACUGUUGGAAUACAGCUGGUGAAACUGGGCAAGCUGCAGCUGUACCUCCGCCGGCUCCAGGCCGCCCGGACUUCUCUCCAGCAGGCAGAGUCCAUACUGAGAGUGACACACGGCAAGUCACAUGAGGUGUAUCAGGAGCUGAGUGAGUUGCUGUAUCAGUGUGUGACCGAGAUGGAACACAGCGAGGGCUGAUCUGGAAGAGUCAGGUGCUGCAUCAGUGUGUGACCGAGAUGGAACACAGCGAGGCUGAUGUGGAAGAGUCAGGUGCUGCAUCAGUGUGUGACCGAGAUGGAACACAGCGAGGGCUGAUGUAGAAGGGUCAGGUGCUGCAUCAGUGUGUGACCGAGAUGGAACACAGCGAGGGCUGAUGUGGAAGAGUCAGGUGCUGCAUCAGUGAGUGACCGAGAUGGAACACAGCGAGGCUGAUCUGGAAGAGUCAGGUGCUGCAUCAGUGUGUGACCGAGAUGGAACACAGCGAGGCUGAUGUGGAAGAGUCAGGUGCUGCAUCAGUGAGUGUGACCGAGAUGGAACACAGCGAGGGCUGAUCUGGAAGAGGCAGGUGCUGCAUCAGUGUGUGACCGAGAUGGAUCACAGGAACACAGCGAGGCUGAUCUGGAAGACUCAGGUGCUGCAUCAGUGAGUGACCGAGAUGGAACACAGCGAGGGCUGAUCUGGAAGAGUCAGGUGCUGCAUCAGUGUGUGACCGAGAUGGAACACAGCGAGGCUGAUGUGGAAGAGUCAGGUGCUGCAUCAGUGAGUGACCGAGAUGGAACACAGCGAGGGCUGAUCUGGAAGAGUCAGAUACUGCAUCAGUGUGUGACCGAGAUGGAUCACAGCGAGGGCUGAUCUGGAAGAGUCAGAUACUGCAUCAGUGUGUGACCGAGAUGGAACACAGCGAGGGCUGAUCUGGA